AUGUUGACCCGGUUGACGCGCUUUCUGGCAUUCGCAUUCAUUUUGUACAAACUACCACGCUUCUCUCUUCUGCGGAAGGCCCCAGCCCAUAAUUGUGACGGUCAAGCAAUGACGGACUUGUCAACAAAUGCGACCGCCAAGGAUAAGAAAGAUGGACCAAACUGGAUUCGAGGAGUCAAUCUGGGUGGUUGGCUCGUCAUGGAGCGAUAUAUAGUUCCCUACCAGUUCGCCAUCACCACUUGUCACGUCCAGGGCGAUUUUUGCUGGUACCCUGGGGCUCUAAGUGCGCCUCCUUUGUUACACAAGGACUACAAGCUCUGCGACUUGACACGCUGCCACCCUUAUCGGAAUUUGACUAUAUUCAAUGGCACGGACUAUCCCAUCGACGAAUGGAAUCUGGCCAAGGCUUUUGACAACCAAACCUUGGCCACAAAAUGGUUUGACUAUCACUUCAACAAUUUCAUUCGCAAAGAGGAUUUGGUGCGCAUGAAAAAGGCUGGUUUGACUCAUUUACGGGUGCCGUUGCCGCACUGGAUUCGUGGCGAUAUCCGGGAGAAUGAGCCUUGGAUUGCGGGAAAUCGCUGGAAAGUUUUUGUGAGGCUUUGUCAGUGGUGUCGAAAUAUUGGCCUAGAAGUUUGGCCGAAUCUACACACGGCUCCCGGUUCUCAAAAUGGCUUUGACAACUCCGGAAUCGAAAGCUCGGUCUAUACGUGUAAAGGCUGGGGGAGGCACCCAGAGAAUAUUGAGCGUACGUUGGAUGUUAUACACGAAAUUUCUGACGCGAUCGCCAAGGACCACCUGUUGGAUGUGGUCACGGGUUUUGGACUUUUGAAUGAGCCUUUCGGUGAUUGCAAGUUGAAUGGGUACGAACGGUUUCUGGAGGACGCGUUGGCUAUCACUCGUGCCAACAUGGGCCCAAACGUUCAUAUUUUCGUUUCGGACUUGUUUGGAGCCCCAAAAUUCAAUGACGGAUCCUGGUGGUUGGAUCCAGUCAAGUACCACAACACCUACUUGGAUACUCAUUUUUACCACACGUUCGACAGCCAUACGCGCUCCAUGAGUCCGAAAGAGCACAUCAAUCACGUUUGUCACCCUGAGGAACUCCAAGCCGAAAUUACUAGCUGCUGCUACCAAGACGCCCCCAGUACCAAUUCCACGCCCAGCAGAGGAGUCAAGCGCAUUUCUGCCGAAUGGAGCGCGGCCUACGACGCCAUGCCCGGAGAACUUUUGCAGUUUGUCAUGGAAGGCAUUGCGGUCAACGGGACGGCACCAGAUUUCUACCGUAUCCUGGAACCCGACCGCCGCGAAUUCUUGAGAAAAUUUGUCGAAUCUCAAAUGGUGGCGUACGAAGCAGCCGAUUCCGAUUUGGGGCGGGGCUGGUUCUACUGGACAAUCAAAAUGGAAGGCGGUGCUUUCGCUGAGUGGGACUUCUCUCGUGGUCUUGAGGAAGGCUGGAUUCCGCCCAUUGCAACCCCCGGUGUGGCGAGUCAAGAUGUUUAUGGGAACUGUGACCGCAUUUUGGAAAGCACCAACAAUUCCAUGGCUAUUGUCCACGCCUUUCCCUGGGGCGACGAAUCAUACUGGAAGCAAUAUCCGAUCGUUGAAUCUAGUGAAACGCGGAUACAUCGCAGCUUCGUUUGGCUUGGUAUAGCAUUUGUUCUAGCUUUUGCUCUGUCCAACCUUUUGCGCCGACGCCGUCAGCUUUUUGGAAAAUACACCAGCAUUGACUCCGAAGUUGACGUGGAAGUACCAGGUAAAAGCAAUCCGCAAUAUGUGCAGGAAUAG